GGCCUGAUUUACUGUGAAAUAAGGUUUGAUAGCCAAAAUGGUAAGUUUAUUUAUUGUUCUUUGUAUCUAUGUGCUUUUUAAGCGUAAAAAUUGGGUUAUUUCAUUGUUAUUUGUCGAAGUAAGCAUCUCGUAUGAUACCAUUUUAAAGUAUUUUACCCACAUGUCAGGCAAUUUUCAAACUGGAAUGCCAAUCUGUGAUUCGACGGGAGCGAGGAAUUAUUUCUAUUUUAUUACUAAGCAGUUUACGGAGUAUAAUAUUCACCUCUAUCGUCGCGUCGCAGGAUGACGAAGAGUGGUGAAUCAUCAUUGAAUAAAAGUUUAAUAAUGAGAAGUUAAAGAUCAAGGCUUCUGUAUCUUCCCGAUUUUGUUUCACGAAAGCAAACGCUCAGACGUUCCUGCUCUCAACAUUAUUCUUUAUAGGUUCUACUCGCUGCAGCAAUAUGUACGAAAACAGGAAAAGGUACGGUGACCCUAUUACGUGUUUGUGACAUGUUAAAAGAAGAUUUGUUAUGGCCCCACUGUUUGCCUUAAUUACAAAUCAAACUAAAUAUAAUUGUUAAUAGAAGGAGAGAGUUGGUAAGUUUUUGAGCGUGGUUAAGAAAUGAAGAAAGAUGUUUUUUAUCUUGUCACAAGCAUGGGACAAAGAAAAAAAUUCUGAGCUCCUAUGAGGAAUCAAACCUCAGACCUUCGGAUUCCGUGCUCUGAUGCUCUACCACUGAGCCUCAGAGACUCUAAGGUGAGCAAGGCCCAUUAUAAAGUUCAUAUAUGACACGUGUCCUGCACACUGUUAGGAUCAGCAAUGUCAAUAGCAUUGCGUUUGUAAACAGACUAAGAGAGACAGUAAGUUUUGGAGCUCGGUAAAGAAAUAGAGAAAGAUAUUUUUCAUCUUGUCGCAAGUGUGGAAUUGAAAUGUGCUGUUAAAUUGAUUUGCUGACACUGUAAAUAUAUUUUUCUCUUUAUGGCAUGAGUCUAUUUAUCAUAGAACCAAAUUCCAAGAUACUCACCAAGGCUAUAAUACAACAUUGCCUUUUAACUCUUUGAUUCCUAAGAGUGACUAGCAUCUAACUUCUCCAAACAGUAUCACCCUUGAAUCAUGAAUGAAGGUAAUGAGAAUAAGGGUAAUGAUCACUAGCUAAAGAAACUCCUGAUUGUUAGACAAAUUCUCCUUGUUGACAGCUUAGGGAAUGUAUAAAGAGCAGCAAGGAGAAUAUGCAUUCUGAUCUUAGGAUGUAAAGGGUUUCUGUACUGCAGUUUUUUAAGUCAAGAGUAAAAUACAUUGCAACAGCAACUUAUACUCAGCAAUAUCACAUAUCAAACCAUUAUAUGAAAAAAUUUUUGUCUUACUCCUACAGCCAUUGUAUCACGUCAGUUUGUGGAAAUGACAAGGUCACGUGUAGAGGGCCUUCUUGCCGCAUUUCCCAAAUUAAUGAAUACUGGAAAGCAACACACAUUCGUUGAAACAGAAAGCGUCAGAUAUGUUUACCAGCCUCUAGAGAAACUCUAUAUGCUUCUUAUUACUACCAAAGCUAGUAACAUCUUGGAAGACUUGGAAACUUUGCGACUAUUCUCCAGAGUGGUAUGCAAUAGCAUAGAAACAUAUACUGUUCUAUUUCACAUUGAUUUUCUAUUAGUAUGAGAUCAGAGACAGGGGUGUAGGAUUCUGUUAAUUCUCUUUAAAGGUGCUGUUGUCAUUGUCAGUGGAUGAAAUUGCAACAACUUUAGCUGAACUCAACAGCAGAAUCAAGUGCAGAUUUUUUUUUAGGCUUGUUUGUAAAGUUGGAUGGUCAAUGAAAUUACUUUCAGUUUGAGAGGUGCAAAUUGAUUGCUCAGAAGACUUUCUUAUCUGAUAUUUGUUGAAAGGAGUUUUGUGAUAGGAUUGACAGUUUACCAGUUUAGUAUGAGUUUCCAUGAAAAGAUAUCUCCAACUGGCAUACAAUCGUUUGUGUUCUUAGAAACCUCUUGUCUGUCUCUAGAUUCCAGAAUACUGCAAGGCAAUGGAGGAAUCUGAAAUAGUUGAAAAUGCAUUUUCACUAAUCUUUGCCUUUGAUGAGAUUGUUGCCCUUGGCUAUCGUGAAAAUGUUAAUCUUGCACAAAUCAGAACAUUCACAGAGAUGGACAGUCAUGAAGAGAAGGUGUUCCGUGCAGUGAGACAGGCAAGUUUAUAAAAUUACUUCUAUCAAUGCAUCAAAGAACUGUUUUUGAGACACAAUGUCUUAGAUGUUGUCUCUAUAUUUUGGUUUGUCUAUUUGUUCUUCCUGGUGUAGCGAACUUUGCUAAAAUUACAAGCAUCUAUCCAAACUUGAACUAACUACUUUGAAAUAGAGAGACAGGGGAGCUGCUUGUGUGGUGAGAAGGGCUAUAUUGUGAAUCGUAAUAAUUUUUUCUCCAUCUAAAUAUUGACUAGACACAAGAACGUGAAGCCAAGGAAGAGAUGAAAAAGAAAGCAAAGGAGUUACAAGCGGCCAGAACAGCUGCUGCUCGUGGCAAAGGUGGCAAGGGACAGUUAGCUGGAUUUGGAGGUUUUGGUGGAGGAGGGCGUGAUUCAAGUAUUCCAGUGGCUAAUGAUGUCACAGUUAUUGAUCCUACGCCUCCUAAACCAUCAUAUCCCACAAGGUGAUUUACAGUUUUUUGUACAUUGCUGCCUUUCUUUUUUUUUUUUUAAGGUCAAUAAUUCUCCCCUUGAAAUAAAGGGUUCAGAUAGAGCCAAGGAAUUAUUGAUAUUUGAUAACCAGUGGGUAUUAUCUUUGUUUUGUUUCAGAACUGCUGGCACUGGAAAGGCAAUGAAAUUAGGAAGCAAAUCUAAGGAUGUGGACAGUUUUGUGGACAAACUAAGAUCAGAAGGAACAGGUGAGGAGAGAUCCACUACCAAAUAAGAUAGAGUGGAAGCAAAACAAUCAGGAAAGGGCUGAAGAUCAUCUCUCUAUAACAUGGAAUCACCUUGGGAGAUAGAGAUUCAAGGACUUUUUGUUGUCUGUUCGUAAUUGAAGCACUAAUUUGUUGCAAGAGUGAUGUUCCUUUGUUUGUUCUGUCUCAACUAGAGUAGAGAAAACUCACCACUAGUAAUUUUUAUAUUUUGUGAUAGUUCUCUGCAUGAGCCCAUAAUAUGAAGACAGUAGUAACAUUUCCCAACAGGAAAAUGUGGCUGGGCGCAUUUACAAAGGGGCAUUUUUCUCCCUUAUGAACAAGGAUGUGUGGGGUUGGCUGGUGCCUGUGAUUUCUCUAUUUUCUUCUAUUUUGUAAUCUGCUCCUGAAACCCUUGACAGGUCAUGAAACUCUGCUUGGUUUUGUCAUCUUUGCUGUUCUCACAGUUGUACUUGCUUGGGUUGUGAGGCUUACAACUUGUUAUUUUGUUUCUCACAAUUGCAACAGAAAAAUGGUUAUUUCUUUGCCACUGAGUGGAUCUAAAAUACUCAUACAGAAAGAAGAAACUCACUGAACUGUUUAAAUGUUCUAUUUUCAGAGGUAGUAAGUUCCAAGACAAAAUUAUCAUCAACUGGAAAGACACCAACAACACCAUCUGUUCAAAUGGGAAGGUAAGUGUUCUAAAAAUGUUAUAUACCGGUUGAUGAGUUUGGCCAAAAUGUUAACAUUAUAAUCAACACCUAGUUCAUUGCAUUUGAGUGAUGAUUCCUUUUGGGAGGUUACAAUAGCAAACUGCUUGGGUCAUAAACCAAAAAAAAAAAUGUAACCUCCCAAAUGAGUCCUUAAAAGAUCUGAAUUAGGUGGGGUGCCCAUAAGGAUGUUAAAAUGUAAGUCAUAUCUUACCAUUUAUUUAGAGAACAGUCUGGAGAAUAUGCAUGCUAGUAUUGAGGUGUAAUCUUUUGCUUUUUAUUUCAGUGUUCAUAUAAAGAUUGAUGAGAAGAUCACACUAACUGCUGGAAGAGAUGGGGGACUACAGAACAUGGAAGUCAGAGGUCUUGUGCUUCUCAGAGUGUCUGAUGCACAGUAUGGAAAAAUAAGACUCAGUGUUGAAAACAAUGAUGAUAAAGGAUUCCAAAUGCAGGUACUGUUGUUUACCCUGUGGCUGUCAGGGUCUCAUCUUCUACUUCUGUUCACCCUUUCACUCCCAGGUGUCAUUAAUAAUUCUCCUUGCUGUCUGCUAUAGAAUUAUUAGUUCUGAGAAUAUGGCAUUGAGCUCCAGGCUGAAAUAUUUUGGAAAAUGCCAUUUGGCAGUAUCAAAUCACAAAAUUUUUGUCUGAUGAAGCUUACACUGGUCUUCUAAUAUUUGUUGAUUUUGAUUUUCAGACACAUCCAAACAUAGACAAGAAAUUAUUCAAUCAAGAAUCAUUAAUAGGACUCAAACAACCUAGCAAACCUUUCCCGCUCAAUAAUGACAUUGGUGUAUUAAAGUGGAGACUGCAGAGCACAGAUGAAGGACUAAUGCCAUUAUCAAGUAAGAUUUUAGCACAAUUGACACCUCACUUUUUAGAAUUACUGUAGUGUUACUUUUUAUACCAGAUAAAACAUGUAGCUAUGCCAACAUGAGUGGUUUGAUGGCCCUGACAUGUAGACUCCACUUGACUUCAGAUUGAAUCAUCCAUGUGUGGACCCCAAGUUGUAUCAGGCUACAGAAAUAAUCUGCGAGUCCCUCUCAGGGGUUAAAGGGUGAAAGAAACGGGGAUAUGAGAGGGAGGCACUUUCAGUUUGCUGACGUCACUUUUUCAGUGUGUAAGAUUGAUUGUGUUUCACAUCUCUUGCAGUCAACUGUUGGCCUUCAGAAAAUGAUGAACAAUGUGAUGUAAACAUAGAGUAUGAGCUUCUCCAAGAAAAUCUGGAGCUGAAUGAUAUUGUAAUUUCAAUUCCUGUUCCGUAAGUAGUCACUUAUCUUCGUUUGUAAACAAGUGUGCUUGCAGUUGAAUGUGAAAGGGUUAGCAUUCUAUGCAGGAAGUUCAGAUGUCAAUUUGUCAAUGUGUGUUAACCUUAACUGAAAGCAAAUCAUGAUGUUCUUCCCUCAGUAAUAAGGCAAGUCAGUAUGACAACAUUGCUUGAUUUGUAAAAGUAUGAGGAAAAGAAACAGAGCUGUGAAACUGGUCACUGAUGAAUGUGAAGUGGCUCGUAAUUUUGACUCAAAUAUGGCAUUUAUUUUUACCCUAUUUAUUACAUGUACCUGAUAAUUGGAAGGGAUUCUUUUUGUGAUCACAAAGAGCAAGAAACUGCUAUUGUAACUAUUGGUUUAAGAAAUUAAUUGCACAAAAUAACAUAGUUGAGUUUUUAAUUUUAGAAGGUUGAUAUUUUAAGAUUGAGAUUUUUUCAAAAUUUGGUUUGCAUGGUGAUAGUUUUAAUUGGUGACAGGACCGGCUGAUGUUGUGGUAGAUAUGUAACAAGCUUCUGCAGUUUCUUUGAACCAUACUGAAAAGAAAGUAUACAAGGGAAAUAUUCCAGAAGACAGCCUUGUAUUUAAUGAAAAACAAAUGGGUGACAUCAAACAGUUUGUUGAUUUAGAUAUAAAGAUAUUAAAAUAUGACAUAUUUUAGUGAGGUGUGGAGCUGGUUUUCAGUGAAGCUUCUGUAUGAUAUGUCAGAAUUCAGACAGCAGAAAUAUUUCAAAGUAAUUUGAAAGUGAUUGUGAGAAUAACGAUUGUUUUUACUUUAGUCAAAAUGCUUUAUUGGGUGUGGUUGCAGGCACGGUGUUGGUGGACCAGUUGUAGGAGAAGUGGAUGGGGAGUACCACUAUGAUCACAAGCAUUCUGUUCUUGAGUGGCAACUGCCAGUAAUAGAUUCAUCAAACAAGAGUGGUAGUAUGGAGUUUAGCAUUGCAGGACAUCCUGGAGAUUUCUUUCCUGUUUCAGUGACCUUCACAUCAAGGAAAUCGUAUUGUGACUUGAAGGUAUUUUCUGUCUUUUGCAAUAGCAUGCCUAACAAAUCACAUACCUAUAAGUUAAGCUGUAAUAGUACAGACAUAUAUCUUAAUCUACCAACUCAGACUUGCAUUGGUGUAUUUUUGAUUGUACUCUGGUAUUGUUCAACCAGAAUUUUUUUUGUCAGAUGUUCAAUAGAAUUUACAUAAAACAACUGGAAAUCUUAAGUUUGUUUGCUGGGUCGUUUGUAGCCCACUAGCCAGGCAUUUGAUAAAUAGUAUUCUCACAGAUACACUGCCCCCCUGAUUUGUGUAAAAAAGUUUGGAGAAAAAGGUGCAGUUUAUCCACUGGUGUUUAUGGUACUGGCUGUGAAAUGCACAGUCCACACCUGUUUGCACAGUAUUUAGGUCCCUUUGACAUAGUUAGUUAUGUGGUCCAAUGUAAUUAAUCUGAUCAGUGUUGCCAGUAAAAUAAAAUUUUUAUUUGAUUUUUUCAGCACUGGAAAUCCCAAGAAAUCUUUUAUAGGUCCUCUCCUUCAAGAAAUUUUAUAUUAGUGGAGACAUGACAGUUGUAAUCUAAUCAAGAUUUGUAACUUUGUGUAUUUGCAGAUAACAGAGAUCACAUCUGUAGAUGAUGAGAAACCAGUGAAGUUUUCACAAGAAGUUGGGUUUUCAGUUGAAAAAUAUGAGAUAGUAUAAACAUUAUGUUGACAAAAAUACUGGAACUUAUAUUUUUUCUUUGGUAACGUACAGUACUGAGAACACUUUUUGCUGGAGGAAGAUCUUACUUGCCAACAUACCUUUUAAAAAAUGUUAUAUGUGUGGACUGAAGAAUGGUAGACAAAUAUCUAAAAUUGGUAAUUUGGUAUUGUAUAGCCAUUUCCUUUAAGACCAUAUAGUAGUGUUUGGCAGAGAAGAAAAAUUUCAUUGGAAUGAUGACCAUCACUCUAUCCCAAUUUCCACAAAGUUGACAGAUCAUUUGUACAUGAGGUUCCUUAUAAAUAGUGAAAGAUGUUUGACAAGUUAGCAUGCAUCUCUCAAUUUCAGCCUUUAUUAGAUUUUUCAUACAAUGCUACUCAGAAAUUUCAAUAACUUUUCCGUAAGUGGCUGUGGAUGGUGUCACAGGCAACAAUGUCUGAAAAGUGGCCAUAAGACAAACCCAAGCACAAGGGCCUUCCUGCAGGCCAAACAGACAGCAGUGAGAAGUUUUCAAGGUGGCUACAGAUGGCUGGUUACCAGCUUUCAUUGAAACCUUAGACUUCUCAGAAGGAUUGUGCAAUGAGCCAUUGACAAUAAUUGAUACUUCUUGGGCAAAUUCAGUGACAUCCCAAACUCCCAAACAACAGCUACAAAGGAGAUUCAUCUAAGUUUUGGUUAAGUAGUGGUAAUUUCAGUGACAGCUCAGUUUGUUUUUACAGUUGAAUCUUUCCACGGAUGACAACCUAGAAAUUACCACAUAACCAUUUUAGAUCGGUAUAGCCAUCUCAUAAAGAGAUAUAUCUGUUGUAUGGGGUUAUCUGUUACAGAUCAGUACUCCAGGGUUGAGGUUCAAUGGUGAACACAUCUUCAGUCAGUGCCAGUUCAUUGUUGAAUACUUUCAGUAGUAAGACCAUCUCCAGAAGAGCAGCCCCUGUACAGUUGUUGCAAAGCAACAAAGUUACCCAUCAUGCAUUAUCAUGUCAUAGUUUUACCAUCACUCCUUCUUAUGCUAUCACAUUAAGUCCUUGUAUUAACAAAAUGAAUGAGAGAGAUUUAAAAACUUAAUUAAUGCUGCUUGGAAGUCACACCGAUGUUGUAGUUAGUCUACCAUGCCCAUUACAUGGUGUUUUUAUUGGGGAGGAAAGAAAUUAAAGUGAACA